AUGGUCGAACGUAUGGAACGAUCAGAGAGGCCCUCGGGGCCCCUCAUGCCUCGCGGCCUUCCCGAGAAUCCCGCCCAAGGUCGACGACAACUCCAGAAGGAUGUCGCGCUCGGCAACAUUCCUCCGCCUCCGCCUCUCCCGCCGAUGCCCAAAGACCUCCGAAACCUCUCGACAGGGGCGACCCUCUCGGCUUCCGCGCCCAUGACCUCGGCACAGGUCAUCGCUCUUGCUCGCGACGCUAUGCAGAGCGCGCUCUACGAGAACGAGUCGCAGGCUGCCGAGGCGAGUGCCGUGAGCAACGAAUUGAAGCCUGGCGUCACCAUUGAUUUGAGUCGCAAGGGCAUUCAGAAACUCCCCGACGAGGUUGUUGAUAUCAUCAAGAACGAGCUGGAACGUCUUGCCCUUUCGCACAACCAAGUCAACUCCUUCCCGACUCGCUUCUCCGAAUGCACAUCCCUCCGCUACUUGAACGUCAGAAAUAAUCAGAUUCGAGAGUUUCCGUUGCCGCUCUGUGACCUCAAGUCACUCGAGAUCCUCGACCUGAGCAAGAACAAGUUACGCGUCCUGCCACCUGAUAUUGUCAAGCUUGCCUCCUUGAAGGUCUUCUCCGUCCAGAAGAACCGUAUCGAGGAGCUGCCGGUCGCCUUGGCCGACAUGGUUUCAUUGCAGGUGCUCAAGUUCGACGGCAACCCCAUCACAUUCCCACCGCGAGAAGUCCUGCAGGUGCAGGCAAGCAGUCCCCCCAACGAAGGCUACUUGAAAGAAAGCGAGGUCACAGAAGUGGCCGUCACUGCGCAUAUCAAGCGCUUCCUAAGACAGCACACUAUGAAUGGCCGUGCAGAGUCGGAUACGGCUGGCGAAGAAUCUAGUGAAGGCAUGGAAACUCCUCGCAUGCCCCCGAUCAAGCGUGUUGUCAGCGGUCGCUUCCCGAUCAAAGUCAACGGCACUGAUGUUCCCGACCUUCGAUCCCCAAACCUGAUCCGACCGCCUCCCAUCCCGAAUCGGUCUCACUACCGAGGACUGUCUCAGCAAAAUACGGCUAUCCGUCGACCGGGUGUCAUGCCAUUGACUAUAGGAAACGUCAACGAGCGCCUUCGAAGCAACUCAGAGACGCUGCUGCAGGCAACCCGAGGAGACCGCCCCGAAUCCCGAGCGAGACGCAUGGGCAUCGUGUCUCAGAAGGCUACCCAGCUAGGCACCUUGGAUGAGACACAGGCCAAUAACCGCUUCAGUCACUACAGGGGCCUGAGCCAUGGUUCGGCCAUGCAGCCGCCGCCGGCCAGCAUGUCGGUGAAGAGUCCCAAUAGCCCGGCCGAGCCCUUUCUCCAGCGUCCGAUUUACGUUCGACGGCUUUCCGUGCUGCCUGAGCGAAGACGCGAGUCCAAGUUCUACGAUCCCAUCCUGGAGGCUGCUAAGGGCAUCCUCUAUGCCGUCUUUCAGAUUCACCCCAUGAUUCAGAUGCUGAUGAGCCUGACGAGCGACGGUUCCUCAAAGAGAUCCAGCCUUGAGAUCGUCUUCUACAACACCAACUCGCAUGUAGAGGAGUUGGAGCAGGAGAUCCAGAAGCACGAUCCUGCCGCCGAGGGAGACGAGACGGCUGGUCGCGAGAACGAGAACGUUCACCGAGCCUGCCAGACUCUGGUCGGCGCCUACACUCACGUCUGCACGUUGCUGGCAGGCAAUAUCGAUUCAUUCAUCGACAACGGGGACCCGCGAUACAUUCGCACCCUGCUGAUGCUCAUCUACAAUAGUAUCAUGGAGAUCAGAUGCACAUUGGCUGCGGUCUCGCCUGACGCUGGCCCAUCGAAGCCCACGCCGCGGGCCAUGGCAUUGGGCGACACUAUCAAGCCGCAUUCGCGUGAGAACUCCAUUACGCCUACCGCUGAGCGGCUCGGACUGGCCCAGCGGCCUCGGCCCGGCCCGAUUCUUCACAAUCCGAGUAAUCUCAGAGUGGCGACGGACGUGCCCCUUCCCUAUUUGAAUGGAAUGAACGCUAUGCACGGCAUGCAUGGGAUGAAUGGUGUCGCAGCUAGUCGUACGGCGACGCUUGCUUCGGCCACGCCUCGAUCCGGAGAGUCUUUCGCCUCGGCUUCGUCGGGCGGACGUGGCAUAUCCGACUUCACAGAGGAGGACAGAUACUUUGAGAAGAUUUUCCUUUCACUUCAGCGAUCGUCCGAGCUCGUCAUGAGGACUUUGCCCAUGUUCCAGAACCACAUGUCGGUCCUCGCGAAGAAGGCUAUGGGACGUCGCGCUCCGGAUCACGAAAUGAUGUGCUGGAAAGGGCUCAUCUCCAAGUGCAGCACCGCGGUGCAGCAGACUGAAAUGCUCCGCAGCCGUCUUUCGUUGGUCAAGCUCAAGGAGCCUGGAAUUAUGAGUCAACCGGCAUUCAGAAGCUUGAUCAGCAAUUUCAUUGACUCAUGGGCGGAGUUUGGCUACCAGAUCCGCUCUGCAUUCAAUGAAGUCAGCCUUCCGCCCGAUACGAGGGUCAGACUUCGCCCUAUUCAGCAGGCUAUGAAGGAAGCGAGAGACACCAUCAUUCAAUCGCCCUGGAGCUAUCUCUUGCGACAGUCAUUAAACCCCAACACCUUCAGCCCCAAUGGCGGCCCGGGCUUGGCACCCAUCCAACUGCCGAUGACGCCCCAAAGCGCAGCUCUGGGACCCGCUGUUCAGGCGACAGUUCCAUCCACUCCUCAAAGUGCUUCCUUUGCGGCAGCAUUCAACGGCAACGUCUUCGAGCGGGCCGAUGCCCUUAUCAACAUGGGCGGGCUCUCAAUGUCUCGAAACGGUACGAUGACAAACAGCUCGGCCGCUAGUUUCACCAUGUCUUCCAUGUCAUCAUUCUCAUCAGACGGAGGAGCCAUGACGCCUUCAUCAGUCCUAAGCCCCAACGGCUUUGGCCCUGGUCCAGUGCCACUGCGACUCAAUGGUAGCAAAGUUGCCUUCUAG